GUGACACAAUUGUCUAGAGUCCCGACCAUACUAGGUGUUGAAUAAAAACUUUCAUCAAUUUGUUUAUAAAAGUAAAGAAACUCAAAGAAGAUUAAUAACUUUAGAUUAUUCAAAUAUUUGAAAGAACAAUUGGCAGUUUUAAACUGAUAAUUGCUGGAUGUUAUUCUUUAGCUAAAAUUAGGAAUUCUGGUUGCUGAUUUGAGUGCAUUGUAAUAUCUGCUAAUAUGGCAGAAAACAGUGUAUUCUAAUAUUGUUUAAAGUUUAUGAUUUUUUAAACAAAUACAAUAAUUAUAAAUACAGAAUAAUGUUGAAGUUAUUGAAAAUAUAAAUAUAGUAAUUAAGUGAUAGUGAAAACAAAUAAGUGACUCUGACGCGGCGAACAGUGCCCGCCGAAAUUAGUUUCAUAUCUCAACACGUUUAUAAAUCUCAAAUCAACAAGAACAUAUAGUGCUUUUUUUACAGUCUAUUUACGUUGUUUAUGAUGAAUAAAAUUUAUUUCUCAGCAUUGUAAAUUCAAGCUGGGACUAUUGAAUUAGGUAUUUUUUUUUAGAGAAGCCAACAGGCUAUGGCCAACUUAAACUUUGAGCAACCACCACGCAGUAUUGCGACCGCAAGCCUUUCCUCACGUGGGGCUGGUGGAGGGGGCUUAAGCUCAUCCUCUCUAGUGGGUCAUGUCACCCCAACCUCAGGGAUGUUCUCGGGCUCAUCUGCAAGUACCUCGAGUACCGCUAACUCGACGAUUGUUGGAGCCAGCAUUUAUCCUGGUGCAGCCUCGGGUGCAGCAACACAAUCAGCAGGACAUCAACCACAGCAACAACUCUCUCCGAUGGGAACUCGGGGUCUUUUUGGACAAAGGGCUUUUGCAGAUAGACGUACUAUGCCUUCUCUUGGGAAUUCGAAUCCAAUGGGUAGUAUGGGAAGUUUUGGAAUACCUCAAAGUCGGAGUUACGGAUCUCAAGGUGCGAUUAAUAAUUUCCAUUCUGUUUUUGGAAGUAGUGGAGGUGGAGAUACAAGUACUCCUCCACUGUUAGAUCUCUCAGAGUUUCCGUCUUUAACUAAUAGAGGCCAAGGUGAUUCAAUGCCUCAACCAAGUCCAAUGCCUGGAAAACAAGCUUAUGUGGGUAUGGUGAAACAACCCACUUCUGAAGCAAGUGAAUUUACCAUGAGCUCAGAAGAUUUCCCUGCAUUACCUGGUACGCAAAGUAGAGAAGGUCCUUCGCCUGGCGGAAGUGUUUCUGGUGAUAAGAAUAUUUCUGUUGGUCUUGGACCUGAUAUUGGUCAAGAUGUAUUACAAAAUAAUAGAGCACCGGGAUCAGAAAAAUCACAAGUAUCUAAAAGAGGAAUUCAAACAUCACCUGAUGGAAAAGUUACGAAUAUACCAGCAAGUAUGGUUAAAGACCAAUUUGGUAUGGUAGGAUUAUUAACUUUUAUUAGAGCUGCAGAAACCGAUCCAAAUCUAGUAUCUCUGGCGCUUGGACAGGAUUUAACAGCAUUAGGACUCAAUCUUAACUCACCUGAAAAUCUUUACCAAAAUUUUGGUGGCCCUUGGGCAGAAACUCCGUGUCGACCUCAAGAUAUUGACUUUCAUGUACCGCCAGAAUAUCUCAUUAAUGCAGCAAUAAGAGAUAAGUUGGCACCUAUAAAACUCAAUCGAUACAAAGAUGACCUAUUGUUUUAUAUGUUUUACACGAAUAUUGGUGAUGUAUUACAAUUGGCGGCAGCGGCAGAACUAUAUAAUAGAGAAUGGCGAUAUCACAUGGAAGAGAAAGUCUGGAUAACACAAGCACCAGGACUUGGAAUAGUUGAAAAAACUACAACGUACGAACGUGGUACUUAUUACUACUUUGACGCGCAAAACUGGAGAAAAGUAGCCAAGGAAUUCCAUUUGGAUUAUGCAAAACUGGAGAGUAGACCUCUUCCUCCAACGUCUUUUCAUCAAACCCAACCUUGACUGCAGAUUACAAUGUGGAUACUUGAGUUAAAUGUGAGCUGGGCGAAUCCAGCAAUUGUAUAAAUGAACAAAUUUAAUAAUCUUUAAUAAAAAUAUUAAAUUCGAAAAAUAAAUAAUAAAUAAUUCCUUACUUAGCACGAUAA